AUGGCGACCAUCUUGUUAUAUUUGACCUUUUUAGACGGAGCACUGGAACACUGUCCCAGCAGCACUGGAACACUGUCCCAGCAGCACUGGAACACUGUCCCAGCAGCACUGGAACACUGUCACAGCAGCACUGGAACACUGUCCCAGCAGCACUGGAACACUGUCCCAGCAGCACUGGAACACUGUCCCAGCAGCACUGGAACACUGUCCCAGCAGCACUGGAACACUGUCACAGCAGCACUGGAACGCUGUCCCAGCAGCACUGGAACGCUGUCACAGCAGCACUGGAACACUGUCUCAGCAGCACUGGAACACUGUCCCAGCAGCACUGGAACGCUGUCACAGCAGCACUGGAACACUGUCGCAGCAGCACUGGAACACUGUCACAGCAGCACUGGAACGCUGUCCCAGCAGCACUGGAACACUGUCACAGCAGCACUGGAACGCUGUCACAGCAGCACUGGAACACUGUCACAGCAGCACUGGAACACUGUCACAGCAGCACUGGAACACUGUCGCAGCAGCACUGGAACACUGUCACAGCAGCACUGGAACACUGUCGCAGCAGCUACACAAGGAGUCGCUGAGAUAAAGCAGUUAUCUCAAUCGGCCUGGAUGUGUACCGGAGCAAUCUCCCAGACGGAAAAGUCUAUAAUAGUCCAGGCUAUGGUGGGAGACACAGUGACACUACCGGCCAACUUCUCGUACGACCACGACGAAGCCGUUAUCGCUUUGACGUGGACUAAACUCGAUCCACGACAAGAAGGUACACGCCAUUUUGUUCACAUGUUUACACCAAACGGAACCUCUGUGGCAUCGGACGAACUGAAGGGGAGGGCAGUGUUUCAUAAGAACGGUUCCUUCACCAUCCGGGACAUUCGGGAGGAAGACGAGGGACAAUACGUCAUGACUUUACUCAUCGACGUCAUUGGACAACGAGAGCACUUUGUCAAGUUAGAUGUUGUUGUACCGCCUAUCGUGGACCUGGGAGUGAAGAGUCCAUACGGAGCACCAGUAGGAACUGACGUCCGCUUGAACUGCACUGUUGACAAGAGCAACUCUCUUCUAUAUUCUGUCAAUUGGUUCAAAGAUGGCCGCCCUCUCACGUUGCCUUCACUUGAGAGAUUUGACUUCACCGACAAGGUCUUCUACAGGUCGUCUAUAGUCUUGAGAAACUUUACAUCGGCUGACAACGGAAACUACUCUUGUGUUGCGAAGUCCUUGAAAAGCCAGGAAACAGGAAGCGCCAUCUUGGAAGCAAACUAUCCUGCUCGCGUUACCAACAUCUCCACUCAGCCGAUCCUAACAGCCGGGGACAGUACGACACUUUGGUGCACUACAACGGGCUACCCUGCCCCCAAAGUCACGUGGUACAAAAAUGGCCGAAAGAUAUACUCUGGAGUCACCACAGAAGGAAAUGUGACCUUUAUAAAGAUCAAGAGAGCCCGGACCUCUGACAUUGGGAAAUACAAAUGUACGGCGUCCAAUAGACUUGGCCAGGAUUCUAGAACUGUGUAUCUGUCUGUUGGUGGGGUGGAGGUCACCGCAUCAUCGUCUUCAUCAGAGAUGAGCAUCUCAGAGCGUUGGUUGGAGUUCGGCAUCAUCGUAGGUGGGGCCGUGGUCGGAACGACUCUGUUGCUGACGUCAUUCCUAAUUAUAAUAUUCGUUGCCAAGCGACGGAAGUCCAAGAGUGGCGGUUGUCAAACCUGCCACGUCUUGGCCAUCAGUCAUAGCCAGCCUAAUCUGCAUAUGAUAGGAGACGAUAUGAGCAGGCAAGCCCACACCGCGGGAAACCUUGACCCCGAGAAACCUCUGUCAGGACGAUACCUUGCCAGAGCCAUCCGGGACUAUAAACCUACACAGGAGGGUGGUCUCACGCUGGAGGUUAAUGACAUCGUGGAGUUACUAUAUAUGGGAAGAGACGGCUGGUGGUACGGGUAUCUAAGGGGAAGUUUCGGAUUCUUCCCCGCAAGAGCUGUUAUCAUGAUCACGGGAAGAAGACGUCUAUCAAUGGGGCAGGAGGAUAAACCAGCGCACAUGUCACCAAUCGGCUACAGAACAAAUGUUGACCUUUUGGGAACACUUCCGGUUGACAGUGACAACGGAAGCUCUCGGCUAUUUCCGGGAUCACGGAACUAUCCCAGGACGACUUUGCCGCUGCCCGAUGGUGCUCGUGCCAACGUCAACAGCAGGCUUCCAAUAUCAUAUGAUGACUUUGGAGACGACUGACGGAUCGUACCUUCAAGCCAUGAAAAGCAAUACAACACUCUGUGCCACGAGCUUAAGGUGGUAUCUCACUGCACUCGGGGCACCGGUGCGUCACUGCGGAGUUCGUUCACUGCGCCAAUGCUGUGGGGUUUUUUUGCCGACGUUUUUUACAAUUUAGAUAUUGGGUAAUAAGUAAAGAAUGACUGAGAAGACAACAAAAUACACAAAACGAAAGAAAACUCGUUCUUUAUUUCCUAAAUUAGUUUCGAAGCCCGCAGUGCCGCACCAGUGACCUCAGAACAGUGAGAUACCACCUUUGUACAACCCGCCUCUUUGACGUGUUGACAUCCCCAUCGGCAUUACUGGCUAAGCAAUAUCCUGGGCAAGAAGUAGCAAGGGAUUUCCUGUGACGUUUUACACUGAACAAUAUGUAAAAAUAGCAAACCAUGACGUCUGUGGCUUAAAGCAUUUGGGAUCUUGUACUUGGCAGAUUUUUAUAAGAUUUGAAUGGAUGUAUUUGCAGUUAUAGCCGGUAGAGGGUAUGGGAUAUAGUGAUAUCAGCUACAUUGCUCUUCAGUGACGUUCGUUGUGUGUUAUGUAUUCCAAGACUAUUCGUUUCAUUAUUCUUUCUAUAUGUAGUAUCUGAUGGCUGAUGGAUAAGGACUUACAAGCUUUCAUAAGUUUCAAACUUGUCAAAUAUUCAGGAUUUUAUCUUUGAGCGGACUUGUGGGACUACUGAACGCGAGGAUUUCACAUCCCGAGACUAGCUGUUAGUGGCAUGACUAUUUUACGUUUAAAUUUCUAGUGAAAUGUUAUCGUACAGUUCGACAUUUUCUUAUAACCAUAUGCAUUGUAUAAUUCCCCAAGGGUCAACGUAAAUUACACAAAGUUUGUUUACAUUCAAUGUAGUAGGUGGUCUUCAUUGGUUAGAUCUUUUCCUGAAAUAAGAAGCAUAAUAUAAUGACAUGCAAAAUGCAUCUUUUCUUUCGCGUUUUUAACGAGUGCUGUACGUGUAAUAUUUAAUGUGUACAUG